AUGUCUACGACCUCUCACCCUCCCAGAUGGGCCGCCCUCGCGCGCGACACCAACGAGACCAAGAUCCAGCUGGCCAUCAACCUCGAUGGCGGGGCAUUCCCACCCGACACCGACUCGAGGCUCACCGCGGCCGUCACCGAGCACGCCUCGCAGGCGAGCAAGUCUCAGACCAUCAGCGUUAACACGGGCAUCGGCUUCCUCGACCACAUGCUCCAUGCCCUCUCCAAGCACGCCGGCUGGAUUCGUCACCCUCGUCCCGGUCAACAACACCGCGAGGUUCCCUCCGCUAACAUUGACCGAUCAGUCGACGACCACCACACUGCUGAGGACGUCUGCAUCGCCCUCGGCUACGCUUUCGCCAACGCCCUCGGCAGCGCGACCGGCCUUGCCCGCUUCGGCUACGCCUACGCCCCUCUCGACGAGGCCCUCUCCCGCGCCGUCGUCGACCUGUCGAACCGUCCCUACAGCGUCAUCGACCUCGGCCUCCGCCGCGAGAAGAUUGGCGACCUGAGCUGCGAGAUGAUCCCCCACUGCCUGCAGAGCUUCGCCCAAGGCGCCAGAGUCACCCUGCACGUCGACUGCCUGAGGGGCGAGAACGACCACCACCGUGCCGAGAGUGCCUUCAAGGCCCUGGCCGUGGCCGUCAAGAUGGCGACGAGUCGCGUUGCCGGCAAGGAAGGAGAAGUGCCCAGCACUAAGGGAACCUUGAGCGCAUAG